UCUUCAUCAAAGAUGAAGAAGGCGAGAGCUGUCAUGCUGAGUUCCUCUCACUUGUCUGUGCCUCUUUAUACCUGAAGGAAAAACAUCCUGACACAGAUUACUCCCUCUUUACUCAGUGCUCCAUCAUUUAUGACAGCAUUAGCAAACGUGGUCAGUUGCGAAUUUCAAGUAAAAAAGCCACACAAGUGAAGUCAAGUGGCUUGCAUCUGACUACUCCCCCAGUGGUUGCGGUGCUUGGCUUUGCUACCCGUGUGUGCUAUUGUUUGUUGUUGCAGUCCUCAUAUCUCAAACAAAUCACAGAUGUUGUAGAACAAGAUUUUUAAGUCUGCUGUCUUUCUAGAUUCUGUCAACUGUUGAUGAAGUGAGGGGAUCUGUAGGAGUGAAUACAGAUGACAGUACAACAGGAUCCGAACAGUUGGGUAGCCUAUCAGGGCUCCGUAGCCACCCGUGGAACUGCACCUCAGAGGGUCGUUGUGUCAGUGCUUGUUAGGAGUCUGGAGCCGCGUGGCGGAAAGCUAGAAGGUGAAUGCAGUCAAGCUCUUCUGAAACGCUGGGGUUGUUGGUGUGGCCGAAUUUUCCCUGGAUUUGACCGGUAAAUUCAGAAGACUGAAGCCCAGGCUCACAGUCUACCUUUCACGGAGGCCCAGCCGUGAGAGGACUGAGGAAGGUACGUGGCGAAUCAUGACGGCCGACAAAGACAAAGAGAAGGAGAAGGAGAGGGACAGGGACCGGGACAGAGAGCGGCCAGACAAGCGGGACAAGACCCGCGGCGAGGCCGAGAGUGCGCGGCCCCGCCGCAGCUGCACGCUGGAGGGCGGCGGCGCCAAGAACUACGCCGAGAGCGACCACAGCGAGGACGACGACAACGAGAACGCCGGCGGCGCCGCCACCGAGGAGCUGGGGAAGAAGGGCAAGAAGAAGAUGCCCAAGAAGAAGUCGCGCUACGAGCGCACGGAGAACGGAGAGAUCACCUCCUUCAUCACGGAGGACGACAUUGUUUACAGACCUGGUGAUUGUGUAUAUAUCGAGAGCCGGCGGCCGAACACUCCCUACUUCAUUUGUAGCAUUCAGGAUUUUAAGCUGAGUAAACGAGACCAUCUGCUGAUGAGUGUGAAAUGGUACUACCGCCAGUCGGAGGUCCCCGAUUCUGUCUACCAACACCUGGUGCAGGAUCGCAACAACGAAAACGACUCAGGCCGUGAGCUCAUCAUCACUGACCCUGUGGUCAAGAGUCGAGAGCUCUUCAUCUCUGACUACGUGGACACUUACCAUGCUGCUGCCCUCAGGGGGAAAUGUAACAUUGCCCAUUUCUCUGACAUAUUUGCUGCCAGGGAGUUCAAAGCCAGGAUUGACUCCUUUUUCUACAUCCUGGGCUACAACCCAGAGACCAGGCGACUAAACAGCACACAAGGGGAGAUUCGAGUGGGCCCAAGUCACCAAGCCAAACUCCCCGAGCUGCAGCCUUUCCCUUCCCCUGGCGGACAAGCCAUCACAGAGAACGAGGAGCUGGUCUGGAUGCCUGGGGUCAACGACUGUGACCUCCUCAUGUACCUCAGGGCUGCCAGAAGUAUGGCUGCCUUCGCCGGGAUGUGUGACGGUGGCUCGACAGAAGACGGCUGUUUAGCUGCCUCUCGAGACGACACAACACUAAACGCACUUAACACUCUUCACGAGAGCAGUUAUGAUGCAGGCAAGGCCCUGCAGCGCCUUGUGAAGAAGCCUGUCCCCAAGCUCAUCGAGAAGUGCUGGUCUGAAGACGAAGUGAAGCGGUUCAUUAAAGGGCUGAGACAGUUUGGGAAGAACUUCUUCAGGAUUCGCAAAGAACUACUACCCAACAAAGAGACGGGGGAGCUCAUAACCUUCUACUACUAUUGGAAGAAGACCCCAGAAGCUGCCAGUUCCCGAGCUCACCGCAGACACCGCCGGCAACCCGUCUUCCGCCGCAUCAAAACACGAACCGCCUCCACUCCUGUCAACACCCCCUCCCGACCCCCCUCUAGUGAAUUCUUGGAUCUCAGCUCGGCCAGUGAAGAUGACUUUGACAGCGAAGACAGCGAACAGGAGCUGAAGGGAUACGCCUGCCGUCACUGUUUCACCACCACCUCCAAGGACUGGCACCACGGGGGUCGGGAGAACAUCUUGCUGUGCACCGAUUGCCGUAUCCACUUCAAGAAGUACGGCGAGCUGCCCCCCAUAGAGAAGCCCGUGGACCCUCCCCCGUUUAUGUUCAAACCCGUCAAAGAGGAAGAGGAUGGGCUCAGCGGGAAGCAUAGCAUGAGGACCCGACGGAACAGAGGCUCGAUGUCAACGCUACGUAGUGGCCGUAAGAAGCAGACGGCCAGCCCUGAUGGCCGAGCCUCGCCAACCAAUGAGGACCUGCGCUCCAGCGGACGCACCUCACCCAGCGCAGCCAGCACAGACAGCACUGACAGCAAGACAGACUCCAUGAAGAAACCCAGCAAGAAGAUUAAGGAGGAGGCGCCCUCGCCUAUGAAGAGUGCCAAACGCCAGCGAGAGAAGGGAGCGUCAGACUCAGAGGAGCCCGAGAGGGCCACUGCCAAAAAAUCCAAGACACAGCAGGAGCUGAACCGGCCCGACUCGCCCUCAGAAUGCGAGGGGGAGGGCGAGAGCUCAGACGGGCGCAGCGUCAACGAGGAGUGCAGUAGCGACCCGAAGGACAUCGACCAGGACAACCGCAGCUCCUCCCCCAGCAUCCCCAGUCCCCGUGACAACGAGAGCGACUCGGACUCCUCCGCUCAGCAGCAGCUACUCCAGGGCCAGCACCCUCCGGUCAUCCAGUGUCAGCCUGGGACCUCCGCGGCCCCCUCUGUUGUCCCCCCUACACCCACCUCCACAGCCCCCUCGCUGGCCCCACAGGCCUCACCCUCAGUGCCCCCCACCUCUCUACUUCCCCAGCCACUACCCCAGGCCAGCCCACUCUCCCUCAUCCAGUCAGGAGCCUCCCUGCACCCCCAGAGGCUGCCUUCUCCCCACUCUCCUAUGCAGGGGAUGACUCAGGCUCCACCCCCUGGUCCUUCUGGACAACCCCAGUCGCUACCCAGCUCUCUGCUCGGCCCCAUGCCCCCCAUGCCACACCCACUCCAGGCCGUCCCCUCCCACAUGCCUCAUCCUCACUCCAUGCCUCCUCAGGGCUUCCCUAUGGGCCAGUCUCAGGUCCCACCCUCGGUCCUCCCAGUUCAGUCCCAGCAGAGGCCCCACACCCCCCCCUCACAAUCCCAGGUGUCCUCCCAGUCUGGCCAGCCUCCUCGCGAGCAGCCCCUGCCCCCGGCUCCCAUGUCCAUGCCUCACAUCAAGCCCCCUCCCACCACGCCCAUCCCCCAGAUGCCCAACCCUCCGUCUCACAAACACCCGCCCCACCUGUCCGCUCCACCCUUCCCCCAGAUGCCCUCCAACCUUCCCCCGCCACCCGCCCUCAAGCCCCUCAGCUCCCUGUCCACCCACCACCCUCCCCCAGCCCACCCUCCUCCCCUCCAGCUCAUGCCUCAGGGCCAGCAGCUCCAGCCUCCCCCGGCCCAGCCUCCAGUCCUCACCCAGUCCCAGAGCCUACCAGCCUCUGUCAGCCACCAGCCGCCCCAAGCCCCUCCCUUGCCACCCUCGGCAGCCUCCUCCCACCCCAGCACACUCCCACAACCCCAGUUUCCCUCUCAUUCCUUCACGCAAGUCUUACCUCCCUCCUCUGUGCCUCCUUCAUCAUCCGCCAACUCCUUACCAGGCCUCCAGCCACCUUCCUCAUCCUCAGCCUCCUCCUCCAUCUCCAUGCCCCUACCGGCCUCAGUCAGCACUGGAGGAACGGGCCCCGUCCUCCCCCCCAUACACAUCAAAGAGGAGCCCCUGGAUGAAAUGGAGGAGCCGGAGAGCCCCCCGCCUCCACAGAGAAGCCCAUCACCCGAGCCCACCGUCGUCAACACGCCCACGCACGCCAGCCAAUCAGCACGGUUCAUUAAGCACCUGGAUAGAGGUUACAACUCGUGUGCCAGGACAGACUUUUAUUUUACUCCCCUCGCUGCCUCCAAACUGGCCAAGAAACGAGAGGAGGCGGUGGAGAAGGCAAAGAGAGAGGUGGAGCAGAGAGCCCGGGAGGAGAAGGAGAAGGAGAGGGAAAGAGAAAAGGAGCGGGAAAGAGAACGAGAACGGGAAAAGGACGCGGAGCGUGCUGCGAAAGCCUCCAGCUCGUCUCACGAGGGCCGGAUGUGCGACCCCCAGAUGGGAGGCCCCGCCCACAUGCGUCCCCCCUUCGACGGCCCUCCCACCACCAUCGCGGCUGUGCCCCCUUACAUCGGCCCCGACACCCCCGCCCUUCGCACCCUCAGCGAGUACGCCCGCCCCCACGUCAUGUCCCCCACCAAUCGCAACCAUCCCUUCUUUGUGUCACUCAACCCCAACGAUCCCCUGUUGGCCUAUCACAUGCCGGGCCUGUACAACGCCGACCCGGGCAUGCGGGAGCGUGAACUCCGGGAGAGGGAGAUGCGCGAGCGAGAGAUCAGGGAGAGGGAGCUGAGGGAGAGGAUGAAGCCCGGCUUCGAGGUGAAGCCCCCCGAGUUAGACGGCAUGCACCCCUCCGCCAAUCCCAUGGAGCACUUUGCCCGGCACGGGGCCAUCACCCUUCCCCCCAUGGCGGGGCCACACCCCUUCGCCUCCUUCCACCCGGGCCUCAACCCCCUGGAGCGGGAGCGCCUGGCCCUGGGAGGGCCCCAGCUCAGGCCCGAUAUGAGCUACCCGGAGAGGCUGGCGGCCGAGAGGCUCCACGCCGAGAGGAUGGCCUCCAUGGCCAACGACCCCAUCGCCCGGCUGCAGAUGUUCAACGUCACGCCGCACCACCACCAGCACUCGCACAUCCACUCACACCUUCACCUGCACCAGCAAGACCCCCUGCACCAAGGUGGUGGUGAAUGUCUUGUGUGUCCUCCAGGCUCUGGGGGCCAUCCGCUAGUAGACCCCCUGGCAGGAGGACCCCACCUGGCCCGUUUCCCCUACCCGCACGGCGCCAUCCCCAACCCCCUCCUCGGCCAGCCGCCACACGAACAUGAGAUGCUACGCCACCCUGUCUUCGGUACUCCAUACCCACGGGACCUACCAGGAGGGAUGCACCCCCCCAUGUCUGCAGCCCACCAACUCCAGGCCAUGCAGGCCCAGUCAGUAGAGCUCCAGAGGCUAGCCAUGGAGCAGCAGUGGUUACAUGGGCACCACCACAUGCAUGGGGGUCCUCUGCCCGGACAGGAGGACUACUACAGCCGACUGAAGAAGGAGAGCGACAAGCAGCUGUGAGCCGAGUGAGAGAUGCGGAGGCGCGCAGGUACACCGGACGUUGUUACAGGAUAGUCUCGCUGGGGAAGUCGAAUGUUCCUUCCAAACUUUUACCGUUGUGAAGAACAGAAAAGGACGAGUUGGACGUUGGAGGAUAUUUGUCAGUUUUUUUUUCUUUUUUUUUUUUUUUCUUUUUUUUUCUUUUUUUUAAGACAUUGACUUUCUUUGGUAUAUAGCCUUCAAGUAGUGACAACGUCCUCAAGACUGAUUGUGACUCCUGCAUGACAAUACUCUAAGCUUCCCUGACGUUUUUGUAGGUGCUAGAAAUAAAAGACACUUUGUCACUGUGCUUAUCAAAGAAGAAGAAAAAAGACCGGUCAGGCCAUUAUAUCGGAAAGAUUACAAGUGCUAUCUUAAAUUCAGCGUUUAUUUUAAUACAUUGUUGGAGGUUUUCAUAAUUUUAAAGGAAAGCUGCAGCAUGGUGUUUUUGAGUCUGUAAAUAGUAUAUAUAUACAUAUAAUUAUUAUUAUAAUUAUUAUUAUUACUAGGUGUGGACUCCGAACCAAGUCGUUAAGACCUCCAAUAUUUUCAGUUUUGAAGCAUUAUCCCUUGUUUCAGAGGGGAGCACCAUGGCAUUAUAUAAGCAGGCUAUAGUUCUGAGAGGGUGGUGGGUUUCCUCUGUCAUUACUGUGCAGACUUAAGUCCCUUCACAUACACACACACACACACACACAUCAGGCUGCCUCUUAUUCACUCAUCCCAAGUCAGUUAAAAAAAAAGCACCAUAUUUUUGGAAAUGCUUGUAUUAUAAGAAUUGCGUAAAUGAUUUGAUACACUUGAACAGGACUGAGGCAGAGUUACUGAGGUGUAUGUUCAGUAUGCCGUACAUAAUGACCAGCCCUGAAUAACGUAAUUGUUGCACUGAGAGCUUCUUUGAACUUCUUCAAUUGGUUUUAAACACACAACUUGAGAUGGGUAUUGGACAGCAAAAUGAAUAACUAUUUUAACAGAUUUUAGAAAUUUCAACACGGCUGCAUAUUUGAACACAAUUUCAGUUCACAUUUAUUAUCUUGCGAUUUUACUCUUGAACCUCAAAUAUUGCAAACUUUUUUUUACGUUUCCACACUGAGAGCCCACUAUCACUUUUAAAUGUAUUUUGUCUUUAUAGAUUCAAGUAUCUCUUGUGACUAGGGGCAUUGAGUGCUAGAAAAAAGUGAUGUUGUUACAGGGCCUAUCUCCCAGCAGCUCAUCCUCCGAUCCGCCACUCUAAUAACACGUGCCGCCAUAUUCACUGUGACACUAAAGAGGCCUGCCUACAUGGGAGGAGUUAGGCCCAGUGCUGGGACCAGGCGGCAGUGGAAAUGAUGGUGUGCCUGUGUGUUUCCACUCCAACUUAACCAUUGCAAACCUCCACCUGGGUCCCUGAAGACACGCCGUCUCCUCUGUACCUCAGGGGCGGUGUGUGUGCGUGCCAUCGACUGUUACAAGCAGUGUUCCCAUCAUAAAAGUGUACUGUACAUCAGCCCGCAAUUGAUUCACCUCUGGUCAACGGCCAUGAACAUGUCUUCUGUUUGUUUGUUCCAUGAUGCACUAGAAAGACCUUUGACUUAUUUUAGAUACUUUUAAAACGGUGCCCUGUGUCUUUUUUUUGUUGCUGGUUUACACAGAAAGGUAAUACUUGUCCUACACUUAUAAAUGGACUCCUCCUUGUUCAUGGGCACCAGGGCUGACAUCUAUUCAGAUGCUUUCAGACCUGAUGCGAGUCUGUAUGCCACUUGAGAUGUGCAUCUUGAUGUGCACCAGAGAAUAACUUGUUUCUCACUCCAGUUCCAUCAUCGACAUGUCUCUGUCUCUCUUAUGUACACCUCAUUUUCCUUUACCUUCUUUCCAAACAAUUCUCCUGCCUUUAAGUCCCUCUUUUUGUGUCUCCAAACCUUUGAUGUUAAGUGUUGUCAAUGGUUUAGCUUCUUAUUUCAAAGCGGCAAUAGCAGGAUGUAAAUUCUGACUGCUAAGAUUUAUAUAUAUACUGGUAUCUUGAAGCUUAUUGUAUAUAUUAGUAGUCGCCAUGGGGAUGACACAAUGUAAACAAAAAGUAGAAAUAAUAAGAAAAAUUGUGAGUCCUGUGUUCUCUCCAUUUGAGUAUUUUGUAAUUUUUUUGAAAAAUUUGUGGAAUUAAAAUAAACGACUAAGUUACACCACAA